GGAAAGAAGGGAUGCAGGUGAACGGAUACAGGGGGAGGUGUUUAUGAACAACCGUUGAAGGCGGGAUUGAGGCAGUGUGUUCUGAACCUUUGGGAUAAAAUUGUACUAUCGGAGGAAAGGAAACCGUAGAAUAACAAAAUGGCUGACCAACUGACAGAAGAACAGAUUGCCGAAUUCAAAGAGGCUUUCUCACUGUUCGACAAGGACGGAGAUGGAACUAUCACCACCAAGGAGCUGGGGACAGUCAUGCGGUCACUGGGCCAGAACCCCACUGAGGCCGAGCUGCAGGACAUGAUCAACGAGGUGGACGCUGACGGAAAUGGAACAAUAGACUUUCCUGAGUUUCUGACCAUGAUGGCGAGGAAGAUGAAGGACACAGACAGUGAGGAAGAGAUCAGGGAAGCGUUCCGUGUGUUCGACAAGGACGGCAACGGCUACAUCAGUGCCGCUGAGCUGCGCCACGUGAUGACCAACCUGGGCGAGAAGCUGACGGACGAGGAGGUGGACGAGAUGAUCAGAGAAGCCGACAUCGACGGCGACGGGCAGGUCAACUACGAAGAGUUUGUACAGAUGAUGACAGCAAAGUGAAGGCCUUGUACAGAAUAACUUUUCUUGUAUAAAAUGAUUUGCCUUUUUCUCUGUUUGUAAUUUAUCUGUAACCCAUAUCUUCCUGCUGUCCUAAGCCCUCAUCCCAUUUUAUUAUCAUUCUUUGAUAUUUUUGUUGCCAUUGUCUUUAAAAGAAAAAGAAUUUUAAAAAAUCAGUGUAAAGGAGUCGUCAAAUGACCAGCUGCUGGGCGUGGCGGGUUAGAAUGACGGGCACUCUUAGCGACUUCGUCCCAGCUGCUCUGGCCACCCGAAGCUGGGCGACCUCACGAGCCGCCUGCCUUCAGGAAUAACCGCAACAAUGUUGGCAUGCAUCUUUUUUGUAAUGUGCAGGAAUAACUGCAUGGACUAUGGACAGAGUAUAUCUAGGGGGGAAAUGUGCCGCACUGCACUACCGCAACAUAAAAAUCUGUAGAAUAUGGGGUGUAUCUGCAGGUACUCUUUUUGUAUUUGUUCUGUACCUUACUGGUUCUUAAUAUGCUUUGUAAUGUUUUAGUCCUCUCUCUCCUUCCUUUUUUUAAACUACAUCUGGCACAACUGUGCCUCAAAGAAUCCAUUCCAAAUUGUAUAUUUGUUUUCCAAUAAAAUGUACAAUUUUA